AUGCAAGAAAAGAUGCAAGAACAAUUGGAUAAAAUCCAACAAGACGCGCUGGAAUCCCAAAGAAUUAUGAGCCAACUGACACAAUUAUUGGCUAAUAAAGGAAAGAGCCCUGUAAUCAAUUCGGGAGUUGAUCAGGAGGGCCCUGUUUAUCCUCUAGGUUUUGCCCCAAUGGACACUCAAGCACAACCGGAUAUUUGUCCACAUGGAGUGCGUGAUCACAUUAGACCUCAAUGCCAAGUCGGUGCCUCAGCACCGAUGAACUUCCCGACAAGCUCAGGUUCCAAUCCAAUGAAUGAUCCAACCAAUCUUGCAGUUCUUGAUUUAGACGAAAUGGCAAAAAUAGAAAAAGCAAGGGUAGAACUGCCAAAGCAACUCGAAGAUCGGUAUAGGUGGUUGGAAGAAAAACUCAAAGCAAUGGAGAAUGCUAAUUACCCUUGUGGGGUCGAUGCCAAGGAUCUAAGUUUGGUCCCAGAUCUAAUACUUCCGCCGAAAUUCAAAGCUCCAGAAUUCGAAAAAUAUAAUGGGACUAGUUGUCCUGAAGCUCACAUCACGAUGUUCUGUCAAAGAAUGAUAGGAUACGUUGAUAAUGAUCAACUGUUAAUUCAUUGCUUCCAAGAUAGUCUGAUUGGAUCAGCUGCCAAAUGGUACAACCAGUUGAGCCGUGCCAAUAUCCACUAA